AUGACUCAAGAUAGGUUCCUGUUAUUAUUGAGAGUCCUUCAUUUCAGUGAUAAUCGCAAUCAGAUUCCCGGAGAUAGAUUAUUUAAAAUAAGAACAAUUGUAGAGUCCCUCCGAAAAAAGUUUAGUUUUACAUACCAGCCUCAUCAAAAAGUGUGUGUUGACGAAAGUAUCGUUGAAUGGAAAGRCCGACUUCAAUUUAAACAAUACAUUCCAUCAAAACGCCAUCGUUUUGGCAUAAAGUUAUUUGUUUUAUGCGAUUGUAAAUCUGGUUUUGUUCUUGACUUUUUAAUUUAUACUGGUGAUAAUACACAUAUAACUAUAAACGAAACAUUAAAACUGUCUGGUUCAGUGAUAUCGACGUUAAUGGAGCCCUACGUAAAUAAAGGACAUAUAAUUUAUAUGGAUAACUGGUACUCAUCCCCAACAUUAUUUGAAUAUUUAUUGGAAAAAGGUACCGGAGCAUGUGGUACGGUAAAAAAUACAAGAAAAGGCAUGCCUAGUUUCCCUAAAAAGUUAAACGUUGGUGAAUGUAUUUCUGCUACAUCAACAACCCCUAAUAUGAUAUGUUGUAAGUGGAAAGACAAAAGGGAUGUACAUAUGCUAUCCACAGUUCAUAAACCCAUAAUGAAGAAAACAAAUAAACAGGAUAGGCAUGGAAAUGAUAUACAUAAACCCGAAUGUGUAAUUGAUUACAAUGCAAAUAUGGGCUUGAUUGAUAAAUCAGAUAUGCAAAUUUCGUUCAAUACGACUUCCAGGAAGUCCAUAWWAUGGUACAAAAAWUUUUUUUUUCAUUUACUUGAUUUAUGUGUACUUAAUUCGGGAAUUGUAUGUAGUACCGUAGAAAAAAAAACUUUGAAGUUGCCAGRAUUUAGGUUGAAAUUAAUCGAGCAAAUGUUACAUGCUCAUUUGUCUGAUAAUAUAUCACCUAGUCGUGUAGGGCGUAAACCAAAAGACGAAUUACCGCUUAGACUUACAGCUCGUCAUUUCCCUACCAGAAUCAAUACUGGAGAAGUUWAAAAAAAAAUKUCCAGAAGAUGUCAUGUCCAUUAUAAUUCAAAAUUAAAUCCCCAAUCAAGAAAAGAUACUUCUUAUGAAUGUAGUGAAU